CCCUUACUUUUAACUUGUUCCAUUUUCGGCAUAGGUAUCUACGCCCUAAACAAAUUUUAUUUAAAUAUUUUUUAUAUUCUGACAAUAUGGAUCAGUUACGGUUGCCUUUGUUAUUGUGUGAUAACUGCACUUAAGGCAGGAGUCUGGUUUAAACACAUUCUUAAUAUGGUUCAGACACGGAUUGGCAUCGUCAUUAUCAUUAUUUCCAUUGUCAUGAGUGUAUAUCAAGACAAGAAAUUUAGAUUAUCUAUGAAAAGACUUGCUGCUGUAGACGAUACAUUGGAAAGGCUAGGCACUCCAAAGAUAUAUCAGAAACUGCACACGUAUGCAAAAGGAGUGUUAAUUGGAUGGUUCGUGUGUAGCUACGUGGUAAAUGUAUUUGACAUGAUGUGGUGGUUUUAUGCAACGAAGAAUUAUUGGUGUAUGAUUUUACCUUACAUCAUAAAUCAUUAUCAUCAUACGGCUAUGUUGAUGGACUUUUUACUUAUGACUUUUUUAUGGUAUAUUGGCACCAGGUUUGAUAAGGUGAACGAGCAUGUAAGAAAUUUAAUAGUGAAAGAAAACUAUGGAUAUUUCUGGAGAGAAACUAUCCCAAAUACUCGUCGAUAUGUCAUGUGUACUGAUUACAAACCUGUUCUGUGGACCUUAAUGCACCUCCACUUAGAAUUAUGUCAAAUCGUUCGUGAAUUAAACACAAUAUUUGGACCUCAAAUGACUACAGAAUUAGUAGCUCAUCUAAUAUUUUUGGCAAGACUGUGUCAUUUAAUUUAUAAACAUAUACGAAUGAAAAGUCAGAGUAUGCAUACAAUCGUUUGGCUUGGUGUAUCUUUCCGAGUUUUGCUACAGUUAGCCAGACUCUUCAGCUUCAAUUACAUAUGUGAGAAAAUCAGCAUUAAGGUAAAUUAUAACAAUAAAUAA